AUGGCUGAGCCUAUUCGCAACAAGCGCCUUGACCCGGCCACUGCGCCUACGCCUCAAAACACUCCUCUUCAGAAUGCGCCCAUUUCGUCGCACGCCCAACAGCCUGGCGUUGCCAGCAUUAAGGAAGAGGACCUUGACCGCGCUGCCGCAGCCUCCAUCUUCGCCCAGAACCCCAAGCUUGUCCAAAUGAUUCAGGGUAGACUUGGCUCUCUUGUCGGUCGGUCCUCCGGAUAUAUCGAAUCUCUACCCCCUCAGGUGCGCCGUCGUGUCGCUGGUUUGAAGGGCAUCCAGAAAGAGCACUCUAAGCUUGAGGCCGAGUUCCAGGAGGAGGUUCUCCAGUUGGAGAAGAAGUAUUUUGCCAAGUUCACCCCUCUUUAUGAGAAGCGUGCCAAAAUUGUUAAUGGAGGCUCUGAGCCCACUGAGGAGGAGAUCAAGGCUGGUGAGGAUGAUGAUGAGGAGGAACCUGAGGAGCCAGAGAAGGGAGAGAAGCCAGCUGAAUCUUCUGAGCCUGUCUCUGGUAUCCCCGAGUUCUGGCUUUCUGCAAUGAAGAACCAAAUCUCUCUUGCUGAGAUGAUCACCGACCGCGACGAGGCCGCCCUUAAGCAUCUGGUUGAUAUUCGCAUGGAGUACCUUGACAAACCCGGUUUCCGUCUCAUCUUCGAGUUCGCAGAAAACGAGUUUUUCACCAACAAGACCAUCACCAAGACCUACUUCUACCAGAGCGAAAGCGGUUACGGUGGUGACUUCAUUUAUGAUCACGCCGAGGGUGACAAGAUAGACUGGAAGGAGGGCAAAGACCUCACCGUCAGAAUCGAAAGCAAGAAGCAAAGGAACAAGAACACCAAGCAGACCCGUAUUGUUAAGAAGACGGUUCCUACCGAAUCGUUCUUCAACUUCUUCUCCCCUCCCCAGGCUCCUACAGAAGAAGACGACGACGCCGCCUCUGACAUCGAGGAGCGCCUCGAGCUCGAUUACCAGCUGGGUGAGGAUAUCAAGGAGAAGCUUAUCCCACGUGCGAUUGACUGGUUCACCGGCGAGGCACUGGCCUUUGAGGAGUUGGAUGACGAUGACUUGGAGGGCGACUACGACGAUGAGGAUGAUGAUGACGAUGAUGACCUCAGCGAGGACCGCGAUGAGGAUGAGGAGUCUGAGGAUGAGGAUGAUACGGGCAAACCCAAGCAGGAGGCGGCUGAGUGCAAGCAGAGCUGA